AAGGUAUGAAGCCUGGAGGUAAAAACAGUCACGGCUUAAACACUUUGCUAAGAAGCUUACUGUUCCCUCUCUGUCCCUCACUGUCAAUCCUCUUCACUGCAAAACUCCUCUCACAUCUCCAGGUACCUGCUGUACGGAGGGAAAUAUUCUCUUGUAAGGUGGGUCGGUGAUCUCCUGCAGCCAUGUGUGACCAGACGUUUGUGGCGGCCACCUUCGGCCCGUGCGACAGCUGUGGAACCGCCAGUCCUCUGAUGAACAUCUACAUCAAGAACGAGCCCAUCAACUAUUGCUCCUUCUGCAUGGAAGUGAUGGCCUGUCAGGGGCUGCAGAAAGGAGAAACUCUGGCGACCCUGAAGAAGGAAUGCGAGAGUCUGAAGAAGAAGCUGGAGGAGGAUCGAGGAAAACUCAACGACGUGGAGCUGCAUCAGGUGGCAGAGAAGGUGGAGGUGGUGGGAGCUCUGUCCAUAAAGACCAGACGUGUGCUGAAGGGUCACACUAACAAGGUGCUGUGUAUGGACUGGUGCAAAGACAAACGUCGCCUGGUUAGCUCUUCACAGGAUGGGAAAGUGAUCGUUUGGGAUGGAUUCACUCUCAAUAAGGAGCAUGGGAUGUCUAUGCCAACUACAUGGGUCAUGGCGUGUGCUUAUGCUCCCUCAGGUUGUGCUGUAGCAUGUGGUGGCCUGGAUAACAAAUGCUCCGUGAUCCCGCUGUCACUGGACAGUAAUGAGAACUGUGCUGCAAAGAAGAAAACGGUCGCCAUGCACACCAACUACAUAUCUGGAUGCACCUUCACCAACUCUGACAUGCAGCUCUUGUCCUGCAGUGGUGACGGCACAAGUGCCCUGUGGGAUGUGGAGAGUGGGCAGUUGCUGCAGAGUUUCCACGGUCACACAUCUGAUAUCUUAUCGCUGGACCUCGCUCCGUCUGAGACUGGAAACACUUUUGUCACUGGGGGCUGUGAUAAGAAGGCCAAUGUGUGGGACAUGCGCUCCGGACAGAACAUUCAGUCCUUUGAGUGCCACGAGUCUGACAUCAACUGUGUAAAGUACUACCCCAGUGGAGACGCAUUUGCAUCUGCUUCAGAUGAUGCCACAUGCCGUUUCUUUGAUUUGCGAGCUGACCGUGAAGUCGCCGUCUUCCAGAAGGACAGUAUUGUAUUUGGUGCUUCUACUGUGGACUUCUCUCUGAGCGGUCGCCUGCUUUUCGCUGGGUAUAACGACUACACUAUAAAUGUGUGGGACGUUUUGAAAGGAACUCGUAUUUCCAUGAUGUUUGGCCAUGAGAACCGCGUCAGCAGGGUCAGAUUGUCACCUGAUGGCACGGCGCUCUGUUCGGCUUCCUGGGACAACACCUUGCGGAUUUGGGCCUAGAGUCUUUAUCGCGGUUUUGGUCCAGUGAAGACAGAAGCUUUCUGUGACGGCCGAUACUGAAAUCACCUCCACUGUAGCAGUGUGUUUAAACACACUUUCAGUCUGGGGAACACACAGGAGCACAAACAUAAAGCCUCUGAAUGAGAAUGCAUCCAAGUAUCAUAACCAUAGAGUGGGUGUUCAUUUAAACUGAAAGUGAAACAAGUUUGGAUUCCCAGGCUUUGUUACUGUUAGCUUGAGGACUGAGGUGUAAUUAUACAUGUUGUUACAAAUAGAGGGAGAAAUAAUGAUGUGUAAAGAGCCAGACUGACUUGUAGAGAUCGUCAGCAUGACUAAUAUGCCGUGUAGCUCUACAGACAAUACACGGAUUAUCUUGUAAAUUAUGUACGUUAGUCUACUACCCCAAUGCUGUCGAGAGUCAUGCUGUAGGUGUACUCACUGUUAUUAUCAUUACCAUCCCUGCAUGCAUUAUCUGAACGACGACAGCUUUAAAUGUAACCGUGACUUUUUCUUAUUUCAAAACACAUGCAGCUCAACAGCUUAGGGCAAUUUCUUGUAAGAAAAAUAAAGAUUUUGAGUAUUUUA